CUUGUUCAGAAAGAAAUGUACACUGACAGAAGUGGCUGGUGGAGAAACACUAUUAAGAACUAUCCCAUUCCUGGCAGUUACCACAUUCGGGACUUCAUAGAGGAGACAGAACUUAACCCUGUGCCUAGGACGUAUGGCUUCAAAGGCCCCAAGCGAAACACCCUCAUGUCGACUGUACAUCGAGCGGACGUGCUAUUGCCCGGGGCAUAUAACUUCACCGACUCAACCAAUGAGGCGCUGCAGCGCCAGGCAACUUACUCUUUCAAAAGCUGUCCCAGACCUGACAUCCACACUUUGGGCCUCAGGGAUAAGGAUAUUAACCUCUCACCCGGUCAUUAUGAUGUUACAGAGAAGCCUGUCCCCAAAUCACCCUGCAAACAUGUGAUGUUCCGAUCAGUGGUACAGAGGGUCAGCUUUCUCCCGAAAGAGGGGCCAGCACCUGGACAUUACAACCCAAGGCCAAGCACAGGCAUUGCAGUCACUUCCUGCUUUAAGUCUACUGUACCACGGCUGUACAGUGUGCACUCGGGAACUCCAGGACCAGGUGUGUAUGAGCCCACAUGGCACAAAGGUCAGCGGCUUAGCACUGAUGUCAAAGUGGACUGGGCCCAUGACCUCCUUUUUCGCAACAUACCAUGAACUUCCUUUUGUCUUUGACCUAUGUAUUCAUUUUAGUAAAAUGUCCCAUUCUUUUGUAAGUAAAGUGUUCCCAG